UCGUUGAGUCGGUAUUUUUAGCGGUGAUUUGCAUAGUACAAGAUUGGGUUUUUCUUCCAGCCGUUGGGAGGGCGUUCUUCUUAGGGAAGAAAAUCUCGUCUUAAUGUUCACAGAUUCUUUAAAACCAAAAUCAUUUUCACUAGAACUUAAGGAAAGUAUAGGAUGUACAUUUUAAAACGCUUGGAUAACCUUUGAUGCGACUCUGAUGCCCAGAUGGAGAGAGGUAAUCUACGAUUUCUCGUCCUGAUCAUCGUUUACAUUUUCUACCUCGCAAUCGGAGCCGCGAUUUUUUCCUCGAUCGAAACGCCUUUUGAAAAUCGAGUGGUACAGAACGUUAAAGACAAAAGGGACGCUUUUCUGGCGAAAAAUCCCUGUGUGAAUGACAUAGACUUGGAAGAGCUUAUCAAGGUUGUCGUUUCUGCACGAGAUCAGGGCAUCUCUCCUUUUCGAAAUGUCACUGUUCCGAUCUGGGAGUUUGGAAGCGCUUUUUUCUUCGCUGGAGCUGUUAUAACCACUAUAGGUUAUGGAAACAUCGCGCCGCUUUCAAGUGGAGGCAAAACCUUCUGCAUCGUUUACGCCUUGUUUGGAAUCCCGAUGACCGCAAUCCUACUGACAGCCAUUGUGGAACGUCUUCUCAUUGUUGCAGAAGCCAUUCAAGAGCUGCUCUCUCGCUCAUGCGCUGUACGUGGUGUCCCUCUCGGGUAUAUGCGCAUGUUCCAUUUGUCUAUCAUCAUGCUAGUAAUUCUCCUUAUCGUUAUGUUUGUGCCUGCCAUCUUUUAUUCUAAACUCCAGGGCUGGAGCUAUUUUGAAGCAUUUUACUUUUGCUUCAUCUCCUUGACAACCAUAGGCCUUGGCGACUUUGUCCCUGGCGACGACUCGUACUGGCAGAAGAGCAGUUUUCGCGCCUUUUACAAAGUCUGCAGUGUGUUUUUCUUCGUCAUUGGAAUCGCCUUCUUGAUUCUGAUAUUAGAGUUAUGUGCCAAGGUCCCGGAUGAUCAUCCCGGCAUGCUCUUUUCCUGUCAUCAGCCUUUCCUCAAGGACGAUGACGAGCAGGACUUGUUACCUUCGAAGGGUGAUGCGGUUCGUGAAGCGGUCGCACCAAGCGGGAGUAAAAACACUUACAGGAGACUAUCGCCUGACCCAAUGGAUGAUAAUGGGAACAAUUCUUCAUCUGGAAGAUAAAUAACUAGAUAAAACGGUCACUUAAGGCCCUGUUACACAACGCAGUUCUUCUUGCAGCUUGCGAGGCGAAAACAAGUUACAGAAUAGAUUGUGCGUGCAACACUAUGUCUCUGCAACGUGCAAUGCAAUGUUGCAAGCAGCAGAAAGCAGAGUUGAAAGAGCUUCUACUUUUCGCAACAGUGCAAAGCAAGUUGCAGCGUGUACCAUCUUCCCCGCAAGCUGCAGUGCAAUCACUGUCGUAAAUGACCAUUCAGAGCACAACUCUUCCAUAUCCCGCUGACGAUCCGGUUUUAUCACAGACCAAGAAAGCGUUGCGUUUCAAGUUGUGCGCGUCUGACCUCUCACCUACAACUUGCAAUGCUCUGCUUUCGUCAGCAUUAAUUGCUAGUCGCAAGAAAAAUUGCCUUGUGCAAGAGGGACUUUGGG